AUGACAUUCUCCCUCUCUCAGUCCGAGCAGGCCGGCCUGCGCAAUUGCAGCAAUAGAGCCCGGAUUCCCUACAAGGGUAAAGCGGUGGGCAUCGACGUGCGUGGAAGGGGCGGGAUGUUGUACACCGCACCCAGCAGCUACACGGGUCUCGAUGGCAGGCUCCGAAGCUACGUGUGGGACCACGAGAUCUUGCCCGACCGUUCCAAUCUCCGAGCCGUGCCGGACUGGCUGAUCUCCAUCUUGAACGACAGCAAUGAAGCGUCAAGCGGGACUCGUCGGCAGGUGCCUCGGGAUGGAGAUGGGGCCCGCGAGCCGCAGGCUGUACCGUUCGGACCUCCUCGUCCGAUCGAGGACCCUCAGCGCAUUCCUCCACCAGUAGUUUUAGAGCGCGUCAAAGCCUGCGUGGCGGCCACCGGUGACGACGCCUCCUGCUUCGAUCGCCUCAAGAUGGGCGACAGGGGCCCAAUGUACGUCUUUCGAGUGGCUGGCCCCCGACGUUGUCCGUACGGCAAUCACCACGACGGUUCCAACAAUUUCUCCGUGCUCGUGCGCAAGAGGGACCUGCUCUAUUUUUGUAACAGCUCGGAGUGCCAGGGGGUCCGCCCCGUGCUCAAGAUUGGAGAGCUCACGUGCUCGGAGGCGAUGAGUGGGGGCGAGACUCGGGCUUUCAGUGCUGAUGACGUUUGCGCGAUCAACAGCUUGCACAAGAGAUUCGUGGACGCUUGGGCCUUUGAGGGAGAUGUCGGUGGCAGCAAGAUUGUCGCUGAGAUGUACGCAGGCUGCGGCAGGUUGUGCUUCGAUGGUGAAUUCUGGCACUAUUGGGACGGGCGGCGCGUUGUAGCUGAUGAGAAGAGUGCAUUCUUUGUGAAGAACGUUCUCAUCAAUCAGCUAAGGAUCGUCGACAAGCGAGUCCGGGACGAAUGGAGUGCAACGAUUGAGACCACCCGGGAUGAGGAACAUCGGGAGGUGCUAAAACAGCAGCUGAAGCGCCUGCGCACGUACGACAACAGCCGAGAGAUGGGCAGUACUCUGGAGCUCGCCCCGGGGGAGCUAUUUGUCCCCAAUUUCAUCCAACAGCUGGAUGCAAACCCAGAUAUACUGAACGUCAGAAAUGGCGUGCUCAAUCUGAGAACGGGCAUGCUCGAUGCACACAGACCCGAGUACAUGUGCUCAAAGAUUGCAGAGACAGAUUCCAUGGAUUUCGUUGACCGCGAGUUAGCGAAACGGCGGUGGUUACGUCUUAACGACGCACUGCGUAGCUGUCUGCAAGACGGCGUAAUAUCCCGGAUGGAUCGGCUUCAGUGA